AAUCUCCGCUGAAAGCCAUUUUGUUUUUCAGGACUCUUUGCAAGGGUAGUUGGGGUGAAUUUGCACCAAGGUAGCAGCGUAGUCACCGCAGUUCCAUCUUCGUCGCCGCGAUGUUGCCCUUGGCCAAAAACGCACUAACCCGUCUCCAAGUUCGAAGCAUUCAGCAAGUGGUGGCAAGGCAGAGCCAUCAGAAGAGGACACCUAAUUUCCAUGACAAAUAUGGGAAUGCUAUAUUAGCAGGUGGAGGCAUCUUUUGUAUUUCUACAUGGACAUAUACAGCCACACAGAUUGGAAUAGAAUGGAACCUGUCCCCUGUUGGCAGAGUCACCCCAAAAGAAUGGAGAGAUCAGUAGUCAUGCCAGCUGGUACAAUAACCAAGGAAUUGUUUUAAAAUCAACUCAUAAGUGAAUGCCAAGUCAAAGAAUCAUGUACUCAUUAAACUAUGGCAGAUUGAAGAACAAAUAAAGAAAUAAAGUACCUUGAAACCUUCA